AUGCCCGAGUUGCAAGCAUUGCAGGAAGAUUUCUUGAGCCGAGAAGGCCGCAGCAAGCCCUCUAUGCUAGAUCUCGAUCAACUUCAUCGACGUCUGACGUCGUACCCAGCGCAUCUCCCUAACAGCGACUACCUCAAGGACCUCGACCAGAAGAUCUCCUUGGUGCAACAAAUCAAUCAGCUGUGUGGACAGUUUCAUACGGAUGCCUCGAUGAAGGAGCUCCACUUAGACAAGGCUUCGUUCUGGUCCACGUUGAUGACCAUGGACUUGGAGAGGUUGAAGGAAGUUCGACGCGAGCUUGAUGAUAUGACCAGCGCCAAGGCAAAGAUGCUUCUACUCACCGAUUUCCCGGCAUGGGCCAUGGCAACGCCAAUGCUUCUCCGUUCUUAUGAACGCGUCGCUGCGCUCUUGAAGAAGCUUACGUCGGAGUCUUGCGACGAAAACCUCAUCGAUACUCGUCGUAACAUGAUCUGCAUGCACCUCCAAAUGGGCAAGUACUGGUUCACCGGAGAGUUCAUGCUCAAACCAAUGGGUCGCCCAGUUCGGGUUUUUGUUCCAAUUCCGGCAGAAGAUCCGACUGAAGAACCUCAGACGAAGGCCGUAUGGGUCUUGACGUUGAUCUUCCAUUGGCUUCAGAAGACGGAGUUUCCGGGCAUGCAGCAAACCAUACCUUUCAACACUGAUCCCCGUCAGCACUUCGAGGACCACAAUCCCCUAGAUUUUGGAGUCAUUGAUGUCGGCACUGCCCAUCCCGUGGUCGGCGGAGAGAUCAUCCGAAUCUUUGCCGACGACGAGAAGGACUUGCCUGACUGUGACCUCUUGGAUCUGCGGGCGAACCUGUAUACGGCAUUCUCUCUAGCUGCUGCUGUGGACCCGAGAACCUACAAGUUUGACGACGAUGGUGACGAUGACGUCGACAAAGAAGGAGGCGACUUCGACGAGGAGAUAGCCACUACAGCUCACAUGCGGAUGUGGAUGAAGAAGAGGGCCAAAUCACCGUCGAAUCCACGGUGUCGCAAUACACCUUCGACGGCUGCCGACGAACCGUCCUAUGCUCACCAUGAUACGCAACAAGUCGAGGAUCAGGUGGUGAGCCCCAAUGAAGAUUCAAAAGAGGAUACGGCCAAGAACGACAAGACGGUUGGAGAGAUUCAAUCCUCUACUGCCUAG